AUGGACGCCAUCAUCGCCGCCCUCUCCGCGCCGGGCGGGGCGGGCAUCACGGGCUCCCUCGUCGACGCCGAGGGUUUCCCCAGGGCGGACAUCGACAUCCCCGCCGUCCUCGCCCAGCGCCGCAAGCUCGGUGAGCUGAGGAAUGACCACAAGGAUGUUACAAGCAAAAUUGAGAAGAAUCUGGAAGUUUUACACUCUACAAAAUUAACAAGAAAUGAGCAAUCAAUCCCAAGAAGUUCUGGUAUAUCAGCUCCACUGCAUGGUGGAUUGUCUCAAAAUGAUCCUAUGGAAGAGGAUGUGGUAACCAGACUUCCUUUUGCCAUAAUUGAUGACAUUGCAGAUGGUUCUCCUGCUGCUUUGGAUGGCUUGCUGCUUGGGGAUGAGAUAGUGAAGUUUGGGAGUGUAGAGGCUGGUGGCAGACUGCAAGAAAGGCUUGUUUCUGAAGCCGUUUCCAAUGAGGAUAAUCAAGUGCCAUUUCCGAAUCUUAUGAAGGGCCGGUCUAUAUAUUCAACUGAAGAAUGGCGUGCUUUCACGUCUGCACUUGUGCUGACAGCUCUUGCCGCUCAACGUUUCAAUCGAGUCGAAUUGCCUUGGUUACAAGCUUUAUUUGGUACAAUUCCUAUAGCUGCGCUUAAAGAACUAUGCCCAUCACAUUUGGUAAUGACGAUGCAGAAAACCUGGAGUCAAAAUGGAGUUGGGUCGAUCGUGUGGACGCAGAGAAAAAUAGUGUCAAUUCUCGGUGCAAUUGUGGAAAGGUCCCAUCUGGUCUUUGGCGACUUGGUCUUACAUACACAACGCAGACUGCUCAACAAGAACAACAGCACGUCGGUCACUUGUAUACGCGUGGCGACUUAG